UCCUCUGCAAGCUGAACAGCUUGGCACAAAGCGCCUCGAACCAUCUUCGGCUAAAAGCUUGCUUGAUAUAGGUACUCGGAAGAUCUUCUCAUCAGAUCAUGAUAUCUUCAGGGCGAGUGCCAGGAGGUUCUUUCAGGAAGAAGUGCUGCCUUUUCACGCAGAGUGGGAGAAGGAUGGCCAGGUGAGCAGGGAGCUCUGGGAAAAGGCUGGGCAGCAGGGUUUGCUGGGUGUUGCUAUUGCUGAAAAGCAUGGAGGCAUCGGAGCAGAUAUCCUCUCUUCAGCCGUGGUCUGGGAGGAGCAGAUGUAUGUUAACUGUACUGGCCCAGGAUUCAGCCUUCAUUCAGAUAUAGUCAUGCCCUACAUUGCGAACUAUGGCUCUGAAGAACAGAUUAAACACUUUAUCCCCAAAAUGGUCGCAGGCAAAUGUAUUGGAGCUAUUGCCAUGACAGAACCUGGGGCUGGCAGUGACUUGCAGGGAAUACGAACAUAUGCAAAAAAAGAUGGAAAUGACUGGAUUCUUAAUGGGAGCAAGGUAUUCAUCACUAAUGGUUGGAUGAGUGAUGUAGUGAUCGUGGUUGCAGUUACCAACCGGGAGGCCCGAUCUCCUGCUCAUGGGAUCAGCCUUUUCCUAGUGGAAAAUGGAACAAAAGGUUUCAUCAAAGGACGCAAGCUGAACAAAAUUGGCUUGAAAGCUCAGGACACAGCAGAGCUGUUUUUUGAAGAUGUGCGGUUGCCAGCCAGUGCCUUGCUUGGAAAAGAGAACAAAGGCUUCUAUUACCUGAUGGCAGAGCUCCCUCAGGAAAGACUACUAAUUGCUGACAUGGCUCUUGCCAGUUGUGAAUUCAUGUUUGAAGAAACAAGGAAUUAUGUGAAGCAAAGAAAAGCUUUUGGGAAGACAGUCGCACACUUGCAG